GUAUUGCUGAAAUCCUAAUGAGCCGACCCCACGCCAGAAAUUCAUUGGGAAAAGUAUUUGUGGCUGAACUCUUCAGUGCUCUGGAACAGCUCUGCUUUGAUGAGCAGGUUCGUGUGGUGGUGUUCAAGAGCCAAGUGAAAGGUGUAUUUUGUGCUGGUGCAGAUUUAAAGGAACGAGCACAGAUGGAUGAUGCAGAAGUUGGACACUUUGUUAAAAGGCUGAGAAAUCUGAUGGAUGAAAUAGCUGCCCUGCCUGUGCCCACAAUUGCUGCAAUCGAUGGCUACGCGCUGGGGGGUGGACUAGAGCUGGCACUGGCUUGUGACCUUCGAGUGGCAGCUUCAUCAGCUAAAAUGGGCCUUAUUGAGACCACAAGAGGGCUUCUUCCUGGAGCAGGUGGAACCCAGCGCCUGCCAAGAGUUGUUGGAAUAGGCCUGGCAAAGGAACUGAUUUUCACUGGGAGGCAGAUUGAUGGAGAAGAAGCCCUCUCAAUGGGAUUAGUCAAUCACACAGUGCCCCAAAACAGAGAGGGAGAUGCAGCCUACCAGAGAGCACUGGCCUUGGCUAGAGAGAUCCUCCCUCAGGCUCCAUUUGCUGUGAAAAUGGGAAAACUGGCAAUAAACAGAGGAAUGGAGGUUGACAUCGCAUCAGGGAUGGCCAUCGAGGGGAUGUGUUACGCCCAGAACAUUCCCACAAAGGACCGCCAGGAAGGGAUGGCUGCCUUCAGGGAGAAGCGGCCGCCUCGCUUCAUUGGCAAGUGACACUUCCUGCGCUCCCCUGGGCUCUGCGGGGAUCCAGGGGGGCUGAAGAGGACCCACUCAUUGCUUGGGAUUAUUUUUAUGACUUGCUUGGGAUUAUUUUUAUGACUUGCUUGGGAUUAUUUUUAUGACUGCAUUCUUUGUACUUCACUCUAUGCCUUGGACUGCCUUUCAGAAUACUCCACUGAAUUCACAAAUAAAUGUUUCA